AUGCUCAGUAACAUUCAGCAGCGGGUGCGAACCUUGCUCUCCCCUGAAAUCGCAUACACGCCCAUCGCAACAGAUCCAGACGCGCCGAAUGGCGAGGGGACGCACCUCUCCGGUCGCCACCAAGGACGCGACGUCUACCUCUGCUUCUGGGUACUCGGCGCCGGCGUCCUCCUUCCCUGGAACGCACUCAUGUGCACCUUCCCUCUCCUCAUCUCUCUAACUGAGGAGGGACCACUGCGCAGCAACCUUCCCUCCUACCUCAGCACGGCGUUCUGCUUCGCCAACCUCUUCUUCCUUGGGCUCGCUCAAAGGACUGUCGCCAGCGUGAAUCCAAUCGGACGCACCCGCUGGGCCCUCCUCCUUCUCCUCGCAGCCUGCAUCGUGCUGGCUUAUCCCACCCUCCCCUCUGUGAUCCCUGCCCUUGCCAAGGGCAGUGCAGGCUCACGCGCCAUGUUCCUCCCGCUCCUCCUCCUACUCACGCUCGUCUUGGCACUCACGACUUCCUAUCUGCAGAGUGCCGUGAUCGCGCUCGCGUCCCUCUGGGGCAGCCAGGAGAUGCAGGGUGUCAUGUCCGGCCAGGGCGGCAUUGCCGUGCUCGUCUCGGGGAGCCAGGUCGUGUUGGCACUCCUCUCCUCCACGGAGAAGGAAGAGGCGUCGACUGGUGCGGCGUUCGGCCUGUGGGCUCUAGCGGCGGGCUUCGUCGUCGUCUGCCUCCUCGCACUCAACCGUCUCGUCCAGAACCCCGCCAUCACGGAGGUGCUCGCCCCACUGACGUCGCGGACGACUGGCGCGGAUCGCGCCAAAGACGGGCGCGUCACGCGGACCGUCGCCCGCAAGAACUUCCGGAUCGAGUUCGCAGUGGCGUUUAUCUUCGUCGUCACUCUUGCCAUUUUCCCUCCAAUCACCACGACGAUCACGAGUGUCGUCAAGGCGCCUCCCAAGAUUCUUCAGCCCGCCACGUUUAUUGCUAUCCACUUCUUCCUCUUCAACAUCGGCGACUACAGUGGACGGACAUACCUCCCUUCCAUAGGGCUCAGCUCGAUGACGAUCCCGCGUCUCGUCGUCCUAUCCCUAGCGAGGGUGGUCUUUAUUCCACUCUUCCUGUUCUGCAACAUCCCCGCUCGCGCCAAGGGUCAACUCCCCGCUUUCCCUGACGGUGUCUACUGGCUCAUCCUCUUCGGCUUUGGCCUCACUGGCGGAUGGAUCUCGACCCUCUGCAUGAUGUUCGCGUCGUCUCCGGAGCUCAACCCCGCGAUCGCCGAGGACGAGAAGGACAUCGCGGGCACUCUCGCGGCCUUCUCCCUAGUCUCAGGCCUGGCCUUUGGCAGCCUCUGCUCCUUGGGCGUCAGCCACGUCAUCAGCGGAAGUUACUUCGGCGGAUAA